AAAGACCAAUUUGUUGCACACAGUUGGCAGACUAUUUUUUCAGUAGUACUCACCUUCGUUCCACUCUUGAGUGGAAACUUAACUAAAAAUAAUUUAAGUUUCCUGUUUUGCAACUUCUGUUUUCUCUCUGUGGUAAGUAAGAGGAUUUCUCUGGAGUCUUUCACAGAGCCAACCAGAGCAAAGCUUUCAAACUCUUUGUUUUCUUCAAACUCUUCAUAAAAGCAAGUUCUAAAUCAUGUCAUGAGUAUUUUACUUAGCGGAAACAUGAGAGGAGUUGGAGAAACUAAAAUUUAGAAGAAAAAGAAGAGCCUUUGCUUUGUUACAGGUUGGGCACUGCUACCCAGAGCAUCUAAGUAACUUUCCUCAGGAACUGAAAGAUCUGCUCUCCUACAAUCACACUGUGUUGGAUCCUGAUCUUCGAAUGACAUUUUGCAAAGCUUUGAUCUUGCUGAGAAAUAAGAAUCUCAUCAAUCCAUCAAGUUUGCUAGAGCUCUUCUUUGAACUUCUGCGUUGCCAUGAUAAGCUUCUGCGAAAGACUUUAUACACUCAUAUUGUGACUGAUGUCAAGAACAUAAAUGCAAAACACAAGAACAAUAAAGUAAAUAUAGUAUUGCAAAAUUUCAUGUACACCAUGUUAAGAGACAGCAAUGCGACUGCAGCCAAGAUAUCUUUGGAUGUGAUGACUGAACUCUACAGAAGAAACAUCUGGAAUGAUGCCAAAACUGUCAAUGUUAUCACAACUGCAUGUUUCUCUAAGGUCACCAAGAUAUUAGUUGCUGCUUUGACAUUCUUCCUAGGGAAGGAUGAAGAGGAGAAACAGGACAGUGACUCAGAAUCCGAGGAUGAAGGACCAACAGCAAGAGACCUUCUUGUGCAGUAUGCCACAGGGAAGAAAAGCUCUAAACACAAGAAAAAAUUGGAAAAGGCUAUGAAAGUACUCAGGAAACAUAAGAAGAAGAAAAAACCAGAGGUGUUUAACUUUUCAGCUAUUCACUUGAUUCAUGAUCCCCAAGAUUUUGCAGAGAAACUACUAAAGCAACUAGAGAGCUCUAAGGAGAGAUUUGAAGUGAAGAUGAUGCUCAUGAACCUUAUCUCCAGAUUGGUGGGAAUUCACGAGCUUUUCCUCUUUAACUUCUAUCCCUUUGUUCAAAGGUUUCUGCAGCCCCACCAAAGAGAAGUAACAAAGAUCCUUCUGUUUGCCGCACAAGCAUCUCAUCACCUGGUACCCCCAGAGAUUAUCCAGUCAUUGCUCGUGACUGUGGCCAACAAUUUUGUUACUGACAAGAACUCUGGCGAAGUUAUGACAGUAGGUAUCAAUGCUAUAAAAGAGAUAACAGCUCGAUGUCCUCUGGCCAUGACUGAAGAACUUCUCCAAGACCUGGCCCAGUAUAAAACGCACAAAGAUAAGAAUGUGAUGAUGUCUGCUAAAACUUUGAUUCAGCUCUUCCGAACGCUGAAUCCUCAGAUGUUGCACAAGAAGUUCCGGGGUAAGCCUACAGAGGCCUCAUUAGAAGCAAGAGUACAAGAAUAUGGAGAAUUAGAUGCUAAAGAUUAUAUUCCAGGAGCAGAAGUUCUGGAAGCUGAGAAAGAGGAAGAGAAUGCUGAAAAUGAUGAAGAUGGGUGGGAAAGUGCUAGUCUCAGUGAGGAGGAGGAUGCCGAUGGUGAAUGGGUUGACGUGCACCACUCUUCCGAUGAAGAGCAGCAAGAGAUUUCCAAGAAGCUAAACAGCAUGCCAGUGGAGGAGCGGAAAGCCAAAGCUGCAGCCAUCAGCACUAGUCGGGUUUUAACUCAGGAAGACUUUCAGAAAAUCCGCAUGGCCCAGCUGAGGAAAGAACUCAGUGCUGCCCCCGGGAAAGCAGAAAAGAGGAAAUAUAUUGAAAUAGACAGUGAUGAGGAGCCCAGGGGUGAGUUACUUUCACUUCGAGAUAUUGAACACCUUCAUAAAAAGCCAAAGUCUGACAAGGAGACAAGACUAGCAACUGCAAUGGCUGGAAAGACAGACCGAAAAGAAUUUGUGAGGAAGAAAACCAAAAUGAAUCCAUUUUCAAGUUCCACAAAUAAAGAGAAGAAAAAACAGAAGAACUUUAUGAUGAUGCGGUAUAGCCAGAAUGUCCGGUCAAAAAAUAAACGUUCCUUCAGAGAAAAGCAGCUGGCACUACGAGAUGCACUUUUGAAAAAGAGAAAAAGAAUGAAGUAACUUUCAAGCAAGCUUUCCAUUUCAAGGAGAAUGCGAAUUAUGUGUCAUUACUCAAAUGAAGAAUGUUUGUUUAUAUUAAAAAGUCCAGAAGCACUGUACUUUGAAAACCAUAGUAAACUUGGUAGCAGUGUGGUGGUGUUAUUUUGAAGAUCAGUGAGGGUGGGAAUGUUUGAAACAUAAACAGUAGCUGUGUUGUAAAAUCAUUUCCAUUUAGCAUUCAUGCAAAAACGUUAUUGAGUUCCUACUAAGCGUCUCUGUAGACACAAAAUGAAUGAGCCAUAACCCCUUUACUCAAGGCACUCACACCCUAGUGGGGAGGCAGAUGUGUAUAUGUAUUUAUAGCACAGGGUAAGUAGUUUUUUAGUAGAGAUAGGGACAUAUUUCCGUGGGAUCACAGAGGCCUUAUGGACUAACUCUGCAAGGGAUGGGAUUGUAUAUUCUUUUAAAACAAAAAUGGACAAUGUUACAAGAGUAAGAGGUUCUUACUUGUAAAUAGGCUUACCUGCUGAAAACAGGUCCCCGCUGUACAGACUUUUGGUAGACAAUUUUAGCUCUUUGAAUUCAUCUCAAAGAUCUAAAUAUUUUUUCAAUGCCAUGUAGAGACUUUUUCGUUAAGUCCUUGCUUUUUAAAUUGCCUUAACUAUAAAUAGUAAUCUUGGAAUGUCUUUACUUCAUCAUUUGAGCUGCUCCCUCUUUCAUAGAGGAAAAAAAAAUCAGAUGGGUUUCUGCAGCCUCCUUUUACCUUAAAAUAUUUUUAGCCCACUGCUUGCCUUGUUUCAAUAAAACGGUUUCUAAUAUCA